AUGGCGGGUGGGUUAUCGACAUCGGGACGUCCAGGAGCAGAAAUAGCCAAGGCAUGGUUUACCUUCCUCGUCGUUUCGCUGGCAGCAAAGCUCGUGGGCCCUUACUUUCCUCGCAUUGGUUUUCCUCUCAUUACAGCAUACCUCGUGACAGGUAUGAUCGCAGGCCCAUACUUGUUAGAGAUUGUGAAGGAGCCGGACGUCAAGGACCUUCACUACAUCAAUAUGGUUGCCCUUGCCUACAUCACAACAUCAGCAGGAGCAGAACUUCACAUUCAGGAGCUGAAGCCAUUGAUCAAGGCUUUGCUCGUACAAACGAUAGCAAUUUCUAUCAUCACGUUCGCGAUUGAAACCGUCUUGGUUGGACUUCUUUCCAGCACGUCUCUUCUUGCAUGGAUCAAUCCUUACCCCUCUGAGUGCAGAUGGGCUGUGGCUACCAUCUUGGCAUCAAUCUGCAUUGCAAGGAGUCCGGCAACAGCAAUUGCCAUCAUCAAAGAGAUGCGUUGUAAGGGCAGAUUGACCUCUACCAUGUUAGGCAUCACGGUACUGUCAGACGUUUUCGUUUUGAUCAGUGUUUCUAUCACCACGUCAUUGGGAACUUCCUCGUGCAAGGGAAUGCCAUUUCAAGGUGCUUCUUUGGGUAUAGUGAUAGCGAUGAUCGUGGUUUCGAUAUUGAUCGGGAUUAUCAUUGGCUACUUGUUUAUGGGCUUGAUGAUGUUCAGCAGAUUUGAGAUGAACGCUCUGAUCUUUCCUCUGGGCUUUUUGGUCUUUCUUGGAAGCAGCAUCUUCACAACUGAAAUCUCAGAGCUCGUGCCGGAAGAGAAGAAGAUGCAUCUUGAACCUCUCUUGAUGUGCAUCGUCGGAGGUUUCAUUUGCGUCAACUUCAGCUCCUUUCAUCAUCGUUUCUGCCACGCUCUUCAAGUAGCUGCACCUUACAUCUUUGUACCUUUCUUCACCCUCGUCGGUGCCAGUCUGGACCUCAAGACGUUUGUAGCGUCCAUCGGCUUUGCGCUGGUUGUCUCGAUUGUACGAGCGAUGUGUAUCUUCGCAGCGACGUCUUCUUCUGGCUGGCUUGUGGGACAAUCCAAGGCCAUAAAUCUCACCAUAUGGAUGACGCUGAUAUCGCAAGCUGGGUUUGAACUUGGAAUCGCCUCUGAGAUCGCAGAGAAGUUCGAAGGUUGGGGCAGAAAGUUUCAAGCGGUGAUUAUUUCCGUGGUCGUUAUCAAUCAGUUGGCCGGAGCUGUGCUCUGUAAGCUUGCAUUUCGAUGGUCUGGAGAAGCAGGGAAAGCAACCGGAAAUGAGGCCCACGAGGAGGCUGAAGCUGAUCCGCAUGCCGUGCACACAGCAGAUAAAUACAAGGCUCUGAUUCUCGGAUGCACUCCUUCGUCUAAGGCUCUUUCAAUGAAUCUGCUGCGCAAGAGCUGGGGCGUUGUUAUGUUGGCUUCUAGUGAAGACGAAGUUGAAGAAGUCAACAAAGGGAUCUGCGAAUGGGCGGUAAGAGGCUCUUGA